AUUUGUUCAAUCGGCGAAGCCUGUAUACCCUUUGCAUUAACAACCCCCGGCCGACAAGAGCCGCGCCUGCUCAACAAUCACUACAGUACGCACCAGACACAAACGGAAGCUGGCUCCUCCCUUGACAAGUGUUUGGUGCACUUGUCUUGAGAUGCCAGGCCCCGACACCCAGCUCCGCCAGCGUCGCCGCCGCAUCGCAUCACAUCGCAUCGCAUUGCAUCAGUGGCCUGUCCAAGUCCUCACUCGCAGAAACAAGCUCUGGCCCAGUGGACGCCACGAACCCAGUUGGACCUCCCCCCUCCACAGCGCCAGUCUGGCGAAGCAUCCUGACCGUUGGGCAUCCCAUCACACCACCCACUCGCCGCCCGCCCUCGCUUCGGGUAAUCGGGGUACCUGCGGCCGCCCACGAAUCGUCGCCGAGAUGCAGGUCUCUCGCCAUCACUCACACUUUCCCCAAGUGCCAACCCACCGCCCGUCUGCCGCGCCGCAAGCUGCUCCGAUCCGUGCUACCAAGGUGCUUGCUUUAUUCCUGUAGUAGGUAGGCAAGCCAGCCAGCUCGCUCUCUCGCCUCGCCUCGCCUUCACGUGCGCUCUGCCCAAUGCCGUGCCUUCCCCAGCCGACCAUGCGCCCAAGCUGUCGUCAUACGAGUGCGGAGGCGUGUCUCGAUGCUACCGUCUCCUCCAUCUCGCUGCAGACAAUCCAACGUGCGACCUGAAGCCUUCCUGCCCGACCUGCAAGUAGAGUUCAUGCACAUAGCCGCGCGCCUCGCCAACUGCAUUCAAAGCACAGCUGCCAGAGCUGAGGAUCUGACCGUCUAAAAGGAAGCUCCUCACCGAGAUCCGUGGCGCCGUCGCCCCUCGCCGCUGCUGUCGCCGCCACCACCACUGCUCUCUAUCCGAUUCGGCUUCAGGUUUGAGGCCCCCCCGGCAGUCUGCAUCACGGUCCAUCACCGUCAUGUCAUCAGAUCCAGCCCUCGUCACCAUCAGCUACCGGCAGCCCGGCACGCAACCUCCCGUGUUCGUGGCCGGUUCCUUCUCGGAUCCUCCCUGGCAGCUCCGGCAGAUGCAUUGCACUGCGGUCGACGCCGAGGAGAAUCAUUUCACCAUUCAAGUGCUGGUUCAGUCCGGUCACGAGUACAUCUACAAGUUCAAGGUCGGAGAUGAUAGCGACUGGGUUGUCGACAAGCACGCCAGCAUCGCCACGCAAAGCGACGGAAGCCCGGCCAACGUUCUCAAGGUGCCAGGCGUCACCGACACAUCGGCUGGCUCUCUUCAGACACCGCUAGAGGCCACAGAGAGGAAAGGGGCGUCGUCCCCUCACCCGGGUUUGCGAGGCACACUUGCUGGCGCCCCUUCCGGCCCGACCAAGUCGCACGUUGCCAAGGCGUUGAGCGUCGAGACGCAGGCACCACGUGAAGGAUCCCAAACCCCAAUCGAGGUGGUCGCCAAAACGGCAGCCGAGGUCGCAGACACUGCCGCCCUGCUUGACGACCCGGAGUCCACUGCGCCGGAUGGCUCUGGCACGACCUACGGCCAUGGCGGUUUGACUGGAAACGAAGGCGGUGAUGACCUCAAAACGCCCCUCUUCGCGCAUGAGUGUUUUGGAGCGUAUGAGUUUGUUGAAGAUGGGCUUGACCAUCACGAUGUGUCGGACAAGGUUCCCAAGUGCAUGGAUCCCGAGUUUUCACUGAGCGACUAUGAGACGGGCGGGAUCGAUCCUGGCGACCCUACGCUAGAGCGAUUUCCAUGCGAUAGGCCUUCGGUCAUGGAUGCGCUGCGCAAGAUACAAUCGUGCACCGAUGAGCAUCGAUUCCAGCUCGAGGAGCCGUCGAUUGAUUCUCGUGCCUCGCGCCGGACCAGCGUCGACUCGUCGGACGGGACUGCUUCAAUGGGGUCUCUGAGCCCGACGUCGACGCGCAGGACGGAAAAUAGGCUGUCUCACAGCAGCUUUGGCCACAACAAAUCAGCCUUGUCUUUGGGAUCCAUCGCCGAGGAGCCAAAAGCGGGAGAACUCGGGCCAAGCAAGCCGCAGCACGCACGGAAGGCAGUGGAUGUGGUAGUACACGGCCAAGCAGUAUCGCCCCCGACCGAUGAUGAUGAAGCGUUGACAAUGAAAGUUUGAUGUCGCAGAAGAGGGCGUAGCUGCCUACGAGUGUUUCUUCCAUGCGCGUGGUUUCUUUGAUUCAUCAUCGGCCUGGAGCAUUGGAGUGGGAUAGUGAUAUGGGAACCUGGGCUAUUCUUUGUCUCAAGUACUACCAAAACAUCGGACAUCAAUUUGGCGUUGAAUCAGCAAG